UUCAAAUCCCGGCAUCUCCUCCUUCCAGAAUCCGUGCCUCUCGCCGCUGCUUCCACGCCGCUAUGAAUCUCCUGCCGCGCCAAGCCGCCAGCCUCCCGGGCCGGUCUGGAUCGCUGUGCGCGCUGCUGGCGCUGCUGAUGCUGCUGACGCUGCCAGGGCCCCUGGCCAGCGCCCCAGCUGGUCCCUCCGGGGCCAUAGUGACCGAGCUGCGCUGUGUGUGUUUAAACCCCACGCACAGGAUUCGUCCCCAAAUGAUCCGUCACCUGGAGAUGGUCCCCGCAGGCCCAGGGUGCCCCAAUGUGGAAAUUAUAGCCAUCAUGAAGAAGGGGAACAAAGUCUGUCUGGACCCAGAAGCCCACGUGGUCAAGAAAAUCAUCCAGAAGUUUUUGAACAGUGGAAAGCAGAAAAAUUAAGAGGAAGAAUCGUGCUUUGGAAAAACUGCCUGGUUCUUCAGCGGAACAGUUUUCUGGGGAUCUCUGGAUCCACCGAAGCCAAAAAGCAAGGGCUAAUUUUCUCCAGUGAAUCAGGUUUCCUCAUGAAUCUCCCACUUUGAGAGAUGGAUGGGACGAGGGACCUAUGUUUAUCCUUGCAGCUUUCUGCUCAUCUUAUGAAGUAUUUUACAUAGUAUUUACUGCUAUUUAUUAGCUGCUAUUUUAUUUCUUAUGCUAUUGAAAUAUUUGUCAAUUGACUAAAUAGUGAAUCCAGAAUCACUGGUUGUUACUCUUUCAAGGUGACUGGUUUAUUUCUAGAACAUGUUCCUGAGAACAUUAUUGAAAAGGCUGUAGAUUCAAUAGGUGAAUGAUCUUUCGUUGGAAUGCUAUAUAUGAAGAUAAUCUGUAAUCCCCAGUCUUCUCGUGAAAUUGUAACUAUUUAGUACCAUUUUUUGAAAUGAGAGAAUUUCCUUACUCUUUAUCCUGGGAUCCUAUUUCAAUUAUAUUGCAUUAGAAAGCUGGACACAUCAUACAGCUAUCAGUAUAGAAUAUAUUUCCUUAUUUAGAAUUUCUAAAUUUUUAAAUUCUAUAAGGAUUAAUAUAUUAUUUUCCUAUAACUUUAGACAUUUGAUGUCUUCUUAGUAUGGCAUAAUGUCAUGACUUACUCAUUAAUCUUUGACUUUUAUAUUGUAUUUAUUAACUAUUUUAUUAUGAGUACUAUAAUUUUAAUCACUAAAUAUUUGCUUUGGAUGAAGAAACUAGGAAAUAGGUAAAUUCCUUAUUGCUAGUUUCUUUAUAAAUACAUUGUUUUAGUAUUCUUAAGAAUAAGACAAACUUAAUAGUCUGUACUCUGAAAUUUUUGAAAAUAUAUCUGAGCUAGUUGAAUAUAAACUCAUCAGUUAGUUUUCAAAAAAUACACAGCACUGCUAAGAUUUGUAAUGCUUAUGUUGUAUCUUUUAAGGGUUUGACAAUUUUGUUAUAAAGAAUUAUAGAUGCAUCACAUUUACUAUGUUAAAAUUGUACUUUUUAACUGU